AUGUUCACGCUCCGGGGCGGCGGUGCGUCGUCCACGCCUGGCUUCACCGUGACCAUCGGGGGCGCGGGCAGAGGCGGCGGCGCCAUGGCUGGGGGGUUCGUCGGCAAGGGCUGCGGCGCGUCUGGCCAGGAGCAGGUGCAGAUCGAGCAGAAGUUGGUGGGCUACCUGCUGGGCAAGGGGGGCGGCCUAUGCCGGGAGAUCGAGCAGGAGUGCGGCGUCAGGAUAAAAAUCGACCAGUCCAGCCGCGACCAGGGCUUCAGCACCGUGCACAUCGACGGGCCUCCUGCGCAGGUGGCCGCCGCGAAGCAACUCGUGCUGGGGAAGCUCUCCCAGGUGGGCGGCGCUCCGCUGGCGGGCUCGGCGGGCGAGACGACCAUGCAGCUGCAGGUCGAGCAGAAGUGGGUGGGCUGGCUGCUCGGCAAGUCUGGCUCGGUCCUCAAGGAAAUGGAGCUCGGCACCGGAGCGAAGAUCUCCAUCAACCAGGCCACCAAAAUGGAGGGCUACAGUGUGGCCGUCGUCAGCGGCACCACUCCCCAGAUACAGAGUGCCUACGCCCUCAUGUACCAGAAGAUUGCGCAGGUGGACCCCACGGCAGCCGACAGCGGGCUCGUGCAGCUCGCUGGAGACCCCCUGACAGCCACAGCUGCUGGCGCUGGAGCAAGACCUCUUUCCGCGGCGGUGACGGCGCCGAAAGCGAAGGGGCCUGGCAUCACGAUAGGGAGCCAGACCGUAGAGCUGCAGGUCGAGCAGCGCUGGGUCGGGUGGCUGCUCGGCUCUGGCGGCAAGACGAUCCGGCAGAUGGAGGCCACGACCGGGUGCAAGAUCUCGUGUGACCAGAGCACCAAGGAUUUUGGGUACACGCUGGUCAAGGUCACGGGCCCGGGGAACGCAGUGCAGGCAGCCCUGGACAGCAUCCAGAGUUCCCUGGCCAUGGCGGAGAAGGGCGGGCAGGGUGGCGCGGACGAGCUCGUGGACGCCGGGGCGGGGACCGAGACCUUCGACAUGACCGUGGAGCAGAAGAAGGUGGGCUGGCUCCUCGGCAAGGGGGGCGUCGUGCUCCGGGAGAUCGAGACCACCAGCGGCGCUCGGUGCUCGCUGGACCAGUCCACGAAGGAGCUCGGCUACAGCACCGUGAAGAUAACGGGCAGCUCGCACGGCAUUGCAAGCGCCCAGCAGAUGAUAGACGCGAAGCUCAUGCAGGCUGACGGGGUUUGA